UUUCCAAAGUAUAAUAAAGCAUGUGAACGACGGAAAAAAGAAUAAAGAAGCACCUGAUACAUUGGGUGAUCCGUGUGCUUAUAUAAUGAUUAUUAGUGAAGUGAUGCGGCCAUGCUACGCAGCAUAAGAUUUAAAUUUAUAUUCAUAAUUAAAAUUUGAUAUUUUAAAGUUAAAUAUAAAUAUUAGAUUAGAUAUGGCAAUGACAUGAUGGGAUGUAAUUUCAAUAAAAUAGAGUUUGAGAAAAAAAAAGAAAAAAAAAGUUAGGGACAAAAGUUAAAGAAAAAAAGAAGAAAAGUUUGAAACCAGCGGUGGAAUAUCCUGCUGAAUAAGAUAAAAUUAGAUUUUAUAUUUUAGAUUAUAUUUAUGUAUUAAGCUAGUGGGUUUGGAUCGUGCGAUAUAACAGUUUGACAUGGGCAAAUCCGUAUGCUAGGGUGGGUGCACCGAUGAUGUGGCGCACGAGGUGCACUCUAAUAAAAUUUAUCACGAUAGCAGAAUAAAAGCAAAAGCGAAAUAAGAAUAAAGCUAAAGACACUUGGUCCUCUUUAUUCCUUUCCUCACGCAUAGGAGUAAAAAGAGCCAUUUACAAAAAUAUGUAUGGGGUGGGUUUUUCAAAUUAUUCAUAACGCGGAAUUUAUUAUUAUGUUAGGCAUUCGAUCUUAUUAGUGGUUGGUCUAUAGUUAGGAGGGUUCAUAUGGUAGUGCUAUUGAAUACGCGAAGCAGAAGAGGAGCCCAAAGCUGCAUGCGUCCAUGGAGCUGUGCAGAGAAAAAUAACAUAUAGCUACACAUAAGAACUUGCACGUACGUAGCACCAUGGCGGAGGGGCUCGUAUUCGAAUUGGUGAAGGAAGUGCUCGACAAGCUGGGCUCUGCUCUCUGGAACGAAAUCGGGCUGCUGCGGAGCUUCAAGGACGAUGUAAAGGAUCUCGAAAGAAAACUUUUGAAGAUCCAAGCGGUGCUUCUCGACGCUGAGGAGCGAAGCAAUGCUGAGAAGGAGAACCACGCUCUGCGCAUCUGGCUGAGCGAACUGAAGGGUGCCGCUUACGACAUCGACGACCUGCUGGACGAGAUCCGGACGCAAGCAGUUCUCUGGAAACAACAGCGCCAGGUGCGGAAUCAAAACCAGCUAGCUAGAAAGGUAUGUGAUCAAUUCCUGUCCUGCGCUAAUCCAAUACAUUUGAAGUCUAAGUUCAAGAUGGCGCAUAGAAUGAAAGCGCUCAGAGAAAAGAUCGAUAGCAUCGCGAAACAGAGGGAUGCUUUUGGUCUCGUCGAAGCUGGCCCUCGUCGGCAGGCUGAGUUCAAGCGCCCUGAGACAUUCUCGCUCGUCGACGAAAAGAAAAUAGUCGGGAGAGAUGGUGAUAAAGAGAAAAUUGUGAAGCUACUGCUAGAGAGUAACGGUGAUCACGACGUGUCGCUCAUUCCGAUCGUCGGAUUGGGGGGUCUGGGGAAGACGACGAUCGCUCAGCUGGCCUUCAAUGACGGGCGGGUUACGGGCCAGCAGCGCUUUGAUCUACGGGUGUGGGUCUGCGUGUCUACCGAUUUCGACAUAAAGACGAUUGCAAGGUCGGUGAUGUCUGAAAUCGGAGAGAAGUGUGAUCUUGAUAACUUGCAAUCAGCCACGAGUUUUCUCCUCAGGAUUUUUAGUCUAAAGAGAUUUUUGCUGGUGCUGGAUGAUGUAUGGAACGAAAAUCAGGAAAAGUGGGAGAAUUUGAAGCUUUCAUUUAAGGACAGCAAGAAGGGAAGCAAAAUCUUAGUGACCACACGAAGCGAAAAGGUUGCCGAGAUAAUGAGAACAGUCGAACCACACCGUGUGAAAGGCUUAUCAGAUGAUGAUUGUUGGACAUUGUUCAAAAGGCGGGCAUUCACAGAAGGGGAAGAGAAUGACUAUCCGAGCUUGGUCGAAAUCGGAAAGCAGAUAGUUAAGAAGUGCGGCGGUGUGCCUUUAGCAGCAAAUGCUUUAGGAAGUAUGAUGCGCUUUAAGAGCAAGACAGAGGAUGCAUGGUCCGCUAUUAGAGAUAGCGAAAUAUGGAGGUUGGAAGAAGAAGAAACUAUUUUACCAUCAUUAAAAUUGAGCUACAUUCAGAUGCCGUCAGCUUUGAAGCAGUGCUUCGCUUACUGCUCCGUAUUCCCCAAGGACUACAAGAUUGACAAGGAUGACUUGAUCCGGCAAUGGAUUGCUUUAGGCUUCAUUUCAUCGCAUGAAACAUGGACUUCGAUGGUCGAUAUUGGGAAUGAGUACUUUAACGAUCUAUUAUGGAUGUCUUUCCUUCAAGACGUGGAGGAAACUUUUGGAAAGGUUACCUGUCGUAUGCAUGAUUUAGUGCACGACCUCGCACAAUCUGUAGUUGGAGAAGAAGUUGCUGUUAUAGUUGAAGAAGAGUCAGUUGGAGAAGAGUCAACAAGGAUCCCGGAAGGUUGCCGCUAUGUCUCGAUAUACAGUCAUUUCAAGCCACAGGUUUCAAUUACCGUAAUGCGGAGGUUGCGAGCUCUUCAAUUUUUGGGAUCUGGUUCACAUAUUAUGGCUUUUUAUAGCGAGGCAAAAUGCUUACGCCUGUUGCAUUUAAAUCAUUCAAAAAUUUCUAAGUUGCCAAGCUCAAUCGGUAAGUUGAAGCUCUUAAGACUCCUUGACCUCUCGUGGACCAGAAUACAAGAAUUGCCUGAAUCAAUUGCCGGCCUGUGCAACUUGCAAACCUUGAAACUUUCAAACUGCUACAAGAUCCGUACACUACCCAAAUCUCUAGGAAGGCUCGCGAAUUUGCGGAUUUUAGAUUUAGCCUACUGUAGUUCUCUGACAAUACCUGACUCAAUUAGCAAACUUCAGAAUUUGUACGCACUAAAUUUGAGAGUGUGCAUAAAGGUGAUAUCACUUGAACCUAUAGGUCACCUCAAAAACCUUCAUUACCUAGACCUAUCAUGUCUAUAUUAUUUGAUGACAUUACCUGAAUCUAUUGGGAGUCUUCAAAACUUGCAUAUUCUGGACAUUUCCAAUUGCCAUUCUCUACUAUCAUUACCCUCAUCAUUAUGUGAUCUCAAAAACCUGUAUGACUUAAACCUAUUAAAUCUAAAUUCUUUGGUGGCAUUACCUGAAUCCAUUGGGAGCCUUCAAAACUUACGUAUUCUGAAUCUUUCUGGGUGCGGUUCUCUACUAUCAUUACCCUUGUCGUUAUGUGAUCUUCAGCAUUUAGAGAAACUCAACAUUAAUUACUGUAGAAAAUUAUGUGAGCUGCCUAAAAUGAUCCAAAAGCUGACCAAACUAAAAAAAUUGUUAAACUACGAUUGCUCGGAAUUGAAGUGCAUGCCCCGAGGGAUCGGCAAGUUAGUUAGCUUGCAGGAAUUGUCCGUUUUUGUCAUCGGCAAGCAAGACCGUGUUGAACAUUGUGCUAGCAUUUCUGAGCUAGAGCACUUGAAGCAUGUCGGCGAGCUGUGGAUCAAGGGUCUUGAAAAUGUAACGAGUCCGGUUGAUGCCAAGGCUGCAAAUUUGAUAGAGAAGAACCUGCGGUCUUUGAGGUUGGAAUGGAACGUUUUAAGUGCGGAAGAAGGCAUGGAUACCCUACUACCAACUCAAGAGGUCGAUAGCGUGCUAGAAAAUCUUCAACCACAUCGAAAGCUAGAGGAAUUGGAAAUAGAAGGCUACGUCGGAGGCGGGAAGUUUCCUAGCUGGGUGAUGCAUAGGAUUUGCUCGUGCCUCCCAAAUCUCGUUCAAAUUAAACUUGUGAAUAUGCCCAGAUGUAGCUCACUCCCGCCGCUGGGGCAACUUCCUUUUCUUAAAGAACUACAUAUAGGAUACAUGCCCGCAGUAACAAAUUUGGGCGUAGAUAAGUUCCCUGUGCUGAUGAUACUUAAGUUGUCCUCCAUGCCGUUGCUGCGAGAAUGGGUGACUGUGUUGACGGUGGAUGACGAAGAAGGCAGGCGAGAGCGAGUUCCCAUUUUUCGGUGUCUCACUCAAUUGUGGCUUAUAGAAUGCCCCCAAUUGAGGCCGGAGCCUUGCCUCCCGCCAUCGGUUGAGGAUCUGAUCAUCGGCAGAACGAGCAAGGAGAAUCUAUCGUUGAUACUCGAACGCGCGAUGCCAUUUGGAGGUUGUGGUGAUGCCGCCGUUACACCCCAACCGCCACCAGAUAAGGGGCUGCGGAGUCUAACAAUACAAGGAUGUCAGCCGCUAACUUGUUUGCCCGAGAGCUUGCGGAGUCUCACAUCCCUCCGAAGCCUGACAAUAAGUGGUUGCCAUGAUCUUGAGAGAAUUGAAGAUUGGCUCGGGGAGCUCUCCGACCUGCAGUACUUGUACAUCUUGAGGUGCAGCAGUCUCCGUUACGUGCCUGCCCACAAGAUGACCGCACUCAAGCGGUUGUGUAUUGGUUAUUGCCCGCUGUUGUUCGAUGCAGAUGGACGAUUUGUCGACACCAGUGUCGAUCACAUCGAAGUUGUCAAUGUUUAUGGAAGGGUUUUAUUGGGCGGGACGGGGAUUAACUCUGGAAAGGAGGACAAAAGUGAGGUUAGGCGCCGUAUGGAAUUUCCACCACCAUUUGACCAGGAGUGCUUGAUUCAUCAAAGCUAUAUCGAGGAUGCCAAGCCCACCUUCCUCCUUGCUCCGACAGACCCUCUUCCAAGCCACGAGCUAGAGCACUUGAAGCUUGUCGACGAGCUGUGGAUCAAGGGUCUCGAAAAUGUAACGAGUCCGGUUGAUGCCAAGGCUGCAAAUUUGAUAGAGAAGAACCUGCGGUCUUUGAAGUUGGAUUGGAACGUUUUAAGUGCGGAAGAAGGCACGGAUAGUACUGUACUACCGGCGGAAGAGAUCGAAACCGUGCUAGCAAAUCUUCAACCACAUCAAAAGCUAGAGAAAUUGGAAAUAAAGGGCUACAGAGGCGGGAAGUUUCCUAGCUGGAUGAUGAAUAGGAUUGGCUCGUGCCUCCCAAAUCUCAUUAAAAUCAAACUUGAUGAUAUUCCUGUAUGCAGCUCACUCCCGCCGCUGGGGCAACUCCCUUUUCUUAAACAACUAUUUAUAGGAAAUAUGCCCGCAAUAACAAAUUUGGGCGUAGAUAAGUUCCCUGCGCUGACGAGCCUUUGCUUGGCCUCCAUGCCAAUGCUGCGAGAAUGGGUGACUGUAAAGACGGUGGAUGACGAAGAAGGCAGGCGAGAGCGAGUUUCCCUUUUUCCGUGUCUCACUCAAUUGUGGCUUUCAGAAUGCCCUCAGUUCAGCCCAGAGCCUUGCCUCCCGGCGUCGGUUGAGAAUCUGUACAUUUCCAGAACAAGCAGCGAGAAUCUAUCGUUAAUUCUCGAACGCGCGACGCCACUUGACGGCGGCGACGCCGCCGUUUCACUCCAACCGCCACCAGAUAAGGGGCUGCAGGGGAUAAUAAUAUACGAAUGUCAGCAGCUAACUUGUUUGCCCGAGAGCUUGCGGGGUCUCACGUCCCUCCAGCGCCUGGAAAUAUGGAGUUGCCAUGAUCUUGAGAGAAUUGAAGAUUGGCUCGGGGAGCUCUCCGACCUGCAGUCCUUGUCCAUCUCGGAGUGCGGCAGUCUCCGUUACUUGCCUGCCCGCAAGAUGGCCGCACUUCAGGAGUUAUAUAUCUGGAAUUGCCCGCUGUUGUUCGAUGCGGACGGACGAUUUGUCGACACCAGUGUUGAUCACAUAAAAUAUGUCAUUGUUGAUGGGAGUUCUUACUGGUACAAAAACAAGCGAGCAGCUCGCCACAGGAGGAAGAGAGCUCAGUGAAGGGGAGAAGAAGAUUGGUUAGCGAGGAGAGCACAAGUAUAUGUACCUAGCUAUUAUCGGAGGUUGGUGUUGUUUAGUUUGCCGGACAAGAAUUGUUGUGUGAUUUGCCGAUUAAUAUAUAUUUGUAUUUUCGUGAUAUAAGUUAAAUUUCUGAAUAUACUAUUUUGUAAUUUGGUUUGAUUGUUUGUAAUUUUAUAGUGUUCUCUAUACAUGUUGUGAGCCUAAAAAAGAUUGUUUGGUUUGAAUAAACAAAAUGUUGCUAUUUUUUAAUACGGA